AUGUGUCAUGUUAGUAUGUUUGGUUUGACAACCCAUGUCUAUUGGAAUUAUCCUUUAUAAACACCACGUUAAAAUAACCCUCACUCUUCCUGAUCUUCCAUAAUCAUACUAACUUCUCUCAAUUAUUCUCUCAUCUUCGGAAUUAUCAGGCUGUGAUAUUCCCUUACAUAGAGCAAGCAUACAACAGAAAACUAUGGCCGAGUUAGAGUCCAAGAAGCAAAAGCUCAUAAUUGACACUGAUCCUGGCAUUGAUGAUGCAAUGGCAAUAUUUGUGGCAUUGCAAUCACCUAAAGUGGAAGUGAUUGGUCUUACUACUAUAUAUGGCAAUGUCUACACCACUUUAGCAACAAGAAAUGCCUUGCAUUUGUUAGAGGUGGCUGGGAGGACGGAUAUCCCAGUAGCUGAAGGAUCUCAUGUCACAAUCACUAAAGGUACAAAGCUCCGUAUAGCUGACUUUGUUCACGGGACUGAUGGACUGGGCAACCAAAACUUUCCUUCUCCUAAUGGGAAGCCAAUUGAAAAAUCUGCAGCUACGUUCCUUGUCGAGGAAGCCAAGAAGUAUCCUGGAGAAAUUACUGUGGUGGCUCUUGGUCCCCUAACAAAUAUAGCCCUGGCAAUACAACUACAUCCUGAAUUUACGAAAAAUAUAGGAAAAAUUAUUGUUCUUGGUGGAGCUUUUGCUGUGAAUGGCAAUGUGAAUCCUGCAGCAGAAGCUAAUAUCUUUAGUGAUCCAGACUCUGCAGAUAUUGUCUUCACAAGUGGAGCUGAUGUUCUUGCUGUGGGAAUUAAUGUGACUCACCAAGUUAUUUUCACUGAUGCUGAUCGAGAAAAGUUGGCAGCAUCAACUUGUCAUUUGGCUCAGUACCUGUGCAAAAUUUUAGACGUGUAUUAUAAUUACCAUUAUGAUGCAUAUAAUAUAAAAGGUGUGUAUCUUCAUGAUCCUGCUGUCAUGCUUGCUGCUAUAGAUCCUUCCUUAUUUACUUGGACAGAAGGUGUUGUAAGAGUGCAAACGAGUGGCAUUACUAGGGGUCUCACGAUUCUGUAUAACAAACAGAAAAGGUUCGGAGAAGUGACUGAGUGGACAGAUAAGCCUACAGUUAAAGUAGCAGUCACCGUUGAUGGUACAAAAGUGGCCAAAUUGAUCAUGGAUCGUCUUACUAGCUCAUGAAGUAACUGCUAAUUACAAUACUUUCUCUGUAUUAUUGAGUUUGCUAUAUUUCUUCAUAAAAGCUCUUGCAACGGGAAACUAAAUGUUGUUAAAUUUAAUGGGAUAAAAAGAGUAGCUGAUAAGUGAUCUUCCCAUGUUCUUUCCUUUGUUGUUAGUUGAAAAGAAAGACUUUCAGCGCUGCUGCUAGUCUUUGUUUAAUGAGCCGUGUAUCAGCUGCAGAGCCAUUGAUUUAUUGGGGAUUUACAUUUCAGCUGCCCUUGUUUUAGUAUGUCAAGAAAAAAUAAUGCGAUUUUCAUCUCUCUGGAUGUACAUUUAUUCUAAUAUAUUUAUAAUUUAUAAUUUAUAAUUUAUAA